GUAAAUGAGGCUUAGAGUGUGUAGGUGUCUCCCCCAAGGGGCUGACUUGAACCCAAGGCUCAGGAUGGGUGGGGUAGUGCAGUCUUUGGGGCAGUCGCUGUCUUGCAUCCCAUUCAGGGCCUCUGGGCGGAAGUUGGAGAAAUUCACGGUGUCAGUCAAUGUGGCUGCGGGCAGCAAAGUCACAUUUGAGCUAACCUAUGAAGAGCUGCUGAAGAGGAACAAGGGCAAGUACGAGAUGUAUCUUAAGGUCCAGCCCAAACAACUGGUCAAGGACUUUGAGAUCGAGGUAGACAUCUUUGAGCCCCAGGGCAUUAGCAUGCUGGAUGCUCAGGCCUCAUUCAUCACCAAUGACCUCCUGGGAAGCGUCCUCACCAAGUCCUUCUCAGGGAAAAAGCAGGGCCAGUUGGGGCGCUUGAUUACCUCAAAGUGCUUGGCCAGUUGCUUGGGCUGGAACUGGUAUGUGUGGGGGGACCACUUAUAAAGCCCAGUGUCAUUCUACCUUGGGAGGUAGGCAGGACAGGUGACUGCCCCUGUUUUACAGAUAAGGAGACUGAGGCCAGAGGGAGUCAUUUAGAUCUGCUGACUCCACAUUGAGGGGGUGGAAGUUGAAAGGGAACUUUACUCUUGAUGCAAGUGGUUGACUCUGAUCCCCAAGGCCCUACUAUUCCAGGGUCUUGCUGACCAUGGGCUGUGUAUGCAUGCAUGUUUACACGAAGAGCAAACCUCAGUCACUCAGGGCUUGUAGGGCGAGGCCCAAGGAGCACACACUCAGAGGGCUGCUGGCUUCUGCAGGGCAGUGCCCGCUCCCACCUACCUGCUUUGCUUCCUUUCCCCUUCUCCUCCUCUUGGCACCAACACAUACCACCCAACAUGAAGUUCCUUUUUACGGUGCACAGCUCCCCUCCCUAAGUGGCUUCUCAGUGCUGUAGGCCAAGUAGGCUGAACACAGGGACUUAGCUGAACAGGGAAAGACAAAGGCUGCAUCAGAUAAGGCCACUGUCCUCCAAGUUGCCACUGAUCUCCGAGGAGAGAGCAGUGCUCAGGAAGUCCAGUGUAUGCUGGGUGGUGGCAGGACUUUCGGGUGCCCACCUCUGGGCU